CAAGGCGCACGCGCGCAAGCCCCGCGUUGGAAAAUGGCAGGAAAGUUGAAGUCUUUGAAAGUGGAGCCGCCGGAAGUCGUGGAGGACGCUGAAGGGCAGACCAAGUCUUGGAAGAAGACUGAAGACCUGCUGGCAAUGGUGAAAAAGCUGCAGAAAGAGGGAAGCCUGGAGCCACAAAUCGAAGACCUAAUUAACCGGAUUAAUGAGCUUCAGCAAGCAAAGAAGAAAUCCAGUGAGGAGUUGGGAGAAGCCCAAGCUCUCUGGGAGGCCCUGCACAGGGAAUUGGAUUCAUUGAAUGGAGAGAAAGUGCACCUAGAGGAGGUCUUGAGCAAAAAGCAAGAGGCACUGAGGAUCCUCCAGCUGCACUGCCAAAGCAAGGAAGGUGAAGCUCAGAGGUUGCAUGUGGAAGAACAGCUGAAGGACUUGAUGGACCAGCACAAGGACCUCUGGGAGUUCCAUAUGCUGGAGCAGCGCCUGACCUGGGAGAUCCGUGCGCUGCAGAGCAGCAAGCAGCAGCUGCUCACUGAAGAGAAACAGGCGCGGGCCAAGCUGAAGGAGGUGGGGCGGCGGCUGCGCUCGCCGCCUGAGGUCGAAGGCGCCCUAGCAGUGCAUGACGAGCUGGAAGAGGAGCUGGGGAAACUCGGGGGCCAGGUCCCCGCCCAAACCCAGAGCACCCCAGAGGGCGGGGCCGGCCUGGGAGAGGUAGGGACCCGGGGUGGAGGCGAGGCGGGCACAGACAGAGCGGGCGGGAGUGUCCCGGGAGGCCCUCUGAGAGGGGUGUGUGGAGGCAGGGUGCCCGCGGGGGGCAGUGGGAGGGGGACAGGGCACCGGUGGCCGCGGGCCAGCGUAGGCGGACGCCGGGGCGCUCAGCUCCCCGCCCGCAGCCUGACUCCCGGCUCCCGCAGGCCGGCCUGGAGCGGCCGGGGAGCUGGCCCUGACGCUCUCCUAGGCCAGCAGGACCCGCCCCGUCCCCGCCUUCCUACAAGGCCCGCCAAGAAAUAA